ACAGUCACGGCAAUUGAAACCAAUAGCUACUACAGAGCGAACGCCACGCGAAACUCUCCAAAGCAACCUAAAUAAAAAACAAUCAAACACUCAAAAUGUUGAGCCAAACCUUAACCCUUUGCUGCCUGGUGCUGGUGGCCGCCGUUUCCGGCAACACAGUGUCCACAAACGACACAGCCUGUCCGCAGUUCUGUGCCUCCAUCUACAAGCCCGUGUGCGCCACCGAUGGCCAGAACUUCAAGGAAUUCGCCAGCGACUGCAACCUCCUGUCCCACAACUGUCGCCGGGAGAGGAACAGCCUGCAGGCCUAUGCCGCCACCGAUGCCGCCUGGUGCAGCUCCGAGUUCGUGGAGAAUCUCCACGAGAAGCUGGGUAGCUUCAAACUGGAGGUCCAGGAAUGCUUUAAGCCCUGUUCGAUGAUCUACCAGCCGGUGUGCAUCACCAAUGGCAAAUAUCGUGCCGAGCUGCCCAACUCCUGCCUGCUGGAGAACUUCAACUGCGCCUUCCAGGUCUCCGGCGCCCAGGCCGCUGAGACAUUCCGUGUCCUGCGCGACGAUAAAUGCUAAGGAUGGGAUCGAGGCGGAAUACAAUGCUGACCCUUCUAUUGUUCAAAAAUAGUCAGGCUAUUGUCUGAAACGGAAAUAUAUCCUAACGAAUUUAUGAGACACAA